GCAGUGGGACUCCAGCGGGCUGCAGCGUCGGAGGCUGACGGCCGAGCGGACUUGAACCGAAACCACCACACCAGCGGAACCUUUACUUUACUUCUUCUUCGGACGUGGAUGUUGGCCCCCGCCGGGCAGCUUCUCGGAGUUCUCUGGAGAUUCCCCUCGGGCGGUGGGUGGGUGGGUGGACGCGACCACAGCGAUAGCAGCGGCGACGCAGGUCCGCUCAAGGAGUCGAGGAGCCCGGCGAAGAGAGGCGGACCGGACCGCUGCUAUUCCGGCAUUAAACCAUACUGUUGCUCGCAAACUCCGACUCCAACGGACAAUCAAAACUGCUGAAAGGAUUGUCGGUACCCCCCUACCCACCCUUGAGGACUUGCACGCUGCCAGAACUAAGACAAGGGCGUGCAAAAUCCUCUCAGACCCUCCGCACCCCGGUCACCAGCUCUUCCAGCUCCUUCCCUCAGGCGCAGCUUUAAUGAAUAAGCAGAGCUGCUGACCUUCUAGCUGCAGGGACCCUUCUCCACAAGUAUGGGGUCACCAUGGAAACCAAUUCUCCUCCUCUCUGUCAUCAGUGGCCUUUCAGACUUGGCAUGGGCGGUGGCGGCGCGGCCCAUCUCGUACGCCGCCGUGCUACGAAUGAAAGCGGACAGCUCGUCGUCGCUGCUCAACUCCCAUGUACGACCCCGGCAGCAACCCGACGGCGGGCUGGCACCGCCGCCCGACUGGCCCGUCUUCGCCAGUCACCCGCAUCCGGCGCUCAGCCUCCUUGGCUCUCAGGAGGACUACAGAAGUGAAGAGAGCGAAGAGUUUGGGCCUAUUUUCAUCCAGGAGCCCAACGAUGUGAUUUUCCCUUUGGGCAGCGGCGACAACAAAGUGGUGAUGCACUGCGAGGCACGAGGGAACCCUCCACCUACGUACAGCUGGUACAUCAACGGGACACAGGUGGACACCCGAGCGGGCUUCCGCUACAGGCUCAUCAAAGGCAACUUGAUCAUCGCCAACGCCAGCGAAAGCACCGACUUCGGGACGUACCAGUGCCGCGCCGAGAACACCUUUGGCAUCGUUAUGAGCCGCGAUGCUCAUUUACAGUUCGCUUACAUCGGCGCGUUCAGCGCAAAGCCCAGAGGUGGCGUCUCGGUGCGUGAAGGGCAAGGUGUUGUGCUCAUGUGUACGUCGCCGCCUCAUUCUCCAGAGAUCAUCUACAGCUGGGUGUUCAACGAGUUCCCGUCCUUCGUGGCCGAGGACAGCCGCCGCUUCAUCUCGCAGAUGACGGGCAACCUGUACGUGUCCAAGGUGCAGCCCUCGGACGUGGGCAGCUACAUCUGCCUGCUCAAGAGCACGGCUACCAACGCCCGCGUGCUCAGCCCGCCCACGCCGCUCACGCUCAGGACGGACGGUGUCAUGGGUGAAUACGAGCCCAAAAUUGAGGUGCACUUCCCGACCGCCGUGCUGGCUGCCAGGGGCGUCACUGUCAGACUGGAGUGCUUCGCUCUGGGCAAUCCGGUGCCCACAAUUACAUGGAGAAAGAUCAACGGCAACAUACCGAAAAAGGCCAGACUCCGCAAGUCCCAGGCCGUCCUGGAGAUCCCCAACAUCCAGCUGGAGGACUCAGGGACGUACGAGUGCAAAGCUGAGAACCUGAGGGGAGGGACAGCUUUCAAGGGACAUCUGCAGGUCUACACGCUGCCGCAAUGGGUGAGAGUGAUUAAUGACACUCAGCUGGAUAGUGGGGAGAGGCUCCAGUGGGAAUGCAAGGCCACCGGGAGGCCCCGGCCUACCUAUCGCUGGCUGCGUAACGGUUUGCCCUUGACAUCCCAGGGUCGAAUGGAGAUUGUGAACGGUGAGCUCUCCAUUCACAAGCUACAGCCUGUGGACUCAGGAAUGUACCAAUGUGUGGCAGAGAAUAAGUACGGCGCCAUUUACUCCAACGCCGAGCUCAAGAUUUUAGCGUCGGCGCCCGCCUUUGUGCCCAAUCCGGUGCGAGUCAUCGCCACGCUGGGCAAGGAGGCGUCCAUCGAGUGCAAACCCAGGGCGUCGCCCAAGCCGCGGAUCACGUGGAAACGAGUAGACAAGAAGAUACAGCCAAGUAAAAGGUUGAUGCUGUUGAGAAACAACACUCUGAGGAUCGUCAAUGCCAGCCAAGCGGACGAAGGCGACUACGUGUGUCGGGCGGAGAAUCACCUGGGCUGGGCCGAGAUGACAGCCACGCUAUGGGUCAAAGAGGCCAUGCGUGUGGAGCUCAGCCCGAGUCGCGUGGAGGUGACCGUGGGUGAGAGCGUGGUGCUGAGUUGCAAGGCGGUGCACGACACCUCGCUGGACGUCACCUUCCAGUGGCUGUUCAACCACAAGGCAAUCAACUUCCAGCAGGGCGGCGGCCACUUCGAGUACAUUCAGACUGUCCGAGCCAAACAGUUGUCCACAGUGGAUUUGAUGAUUAGGAGCAUUUUGCUGAAGCAUGCUGGGAAGUACGGCUGCAGGGCCCAGACCAGCGCCGACACCGUGAGCGCAGAGUCGGAACUUCUUGUUCGAGGUCCUCCCGGGCCUCCCGGUGUGGUGAUUGUGGAGGAGAUUACCGAGACCACAGCCACCCUGUCGUGGACCCGUGGCCUGGACGACCACAGUCCGAUCAGUACCUACCACCUGCAGGCCCGCAGCCCCUUUUCAUUAGGCUGGCAAACGGUUAAAACAGACCCAGAGCCCGUGACUGGGGAGCUGGAGUCGGCCAUGGCGGUCGAGCUCAACCCCUGGGUGGAGUAUGAGUUCCGAGUGGUCGCCAGCAACGCCAUCGGGACGGGAGAUCCCAGCGCUCCUUCCAGAGGAGUCCGAACUAAAGAAGCAGUGCCCUCAGUGGCGCCGGUGAAUGUGAGUGGCGGGAAUGGCCGCAGGCACGAACUGGUCAUUUCCUGGGAGCCGGUUUCGGAGGAGUUCCAAAACGGUGAGGGUUUCGGCUACAUCGUAGCCUUCCGCGCCAACGGCAGCCGAGGCUGGAAGGAGAAGAUGGUGACGUCGGCCGACUCGACCACGUACAAGUACCGUGACGAGACCUUCCCGCCACUGACGCCCUUCGAGGUGAAAGUGGGCGUGUACAACAACAAGGGCGACGGGCCCUUCAGCCCGGUCGUCAUCAUCCACUCUGCCGAGGGCGAGCCCAGAGAGGCGCCGUCUGACGUGAAAGCGUACGCAAUUUCAGCUUCGCAGAUAAGAGUCACGUGGAGACAGCCCAACCCUGGUCCUGGAAUACCCAAAGGAUACGAGGUGAGCUACUGGAAAGCGACGGAGAAGGAGGACUCGGGCUGGAAACAGAAAACAACAAAGAACGAGACUUCCUUGGUCUUGGGGGGUUUGGACGGUAACAGCCAGUAUGUCGUCACCGUCAAAGGCUUCAACAGCAUCGGACAGGGACCCGCCAGUACCACUGUCGUGGCCAAGACCAGGAAAGCCCCUCCUGUGCAGCCUCCGGGCAACCUGCUGUGGAUUCAAGAGGGCAACAACGUGUCUCUGAGCUGGGACCCAGUGAAGGCCAAGGAAAACGAGUCCGAUGUCAUCGGAUACAUGGUGUUACUCAAGCAGGAGGGCCGAGGGCACAACCAGGUGACCCGCACCAUCAACCCGUCCACCAUGCUAACCCUCCCGGAGGGCGGCACCUACGUCAUCGAGGUGCGGGUCCUCAGCGAGGGCGGGGAAGGGGCGGUCAGCUCGCAAAUACGACUCGUCACCUCAUCUGGUGUACGGGCAAAGAGCGGCGAGUGCAAGGAUAAACUGGCGUGGCCCGCGUUGCUGUUGGUCCUGCUGGUGCCUUCGGCAUCCUGGUGAGGCCGCCUCACAGUCAUGUUUUUCCAUUUGGGGGGAUAGGACACGCCCGGCUCCUUUUUUUAUUCCCUCUGCCGCCGCCGCUUGCCCGGCCGGGUCGGCGUUCCCGACGAGGAGGAGGAGGAGGAAAGGUCCGGGUGGGGGUUGUGUCAUCUCAUCACCCGUUUAGUUUCGUGUCCAACAUCGCGCUAGUGUUGUGCUGUCGUGUGCCGUGCGAGGAGAGAUUUUUUUUUUUUUAAAGCACUCGUCUCAUUGACUCCCGGGGUCUGCGAAGCGUGAAUGCUUCUCGGAAAGGAUGCGGCGUGAGCACGAGCGGGAUCGUCGUCCGCCUCCCGCACCCGCACCGCCUCCUCCUUCCUCCGGCUGCCCAACGAGCCAGGCGGCAGAAAACUCACUCGAGGAAAGAAGAAGUGCUUUUUUUUACUAACCGAACCGAGACGACUCGGACUGCUUUCCAAGACUUGCUUUUUUGUACGUUGUGUUACCUUGUAGAGAAGAACACAGUGGCGUGUAUCAGCUUUGUUUCUGUUGGUAGCAGCGCUUACCUGCUCGGUGGUCCAAUUCGUUGGAAGGGCAGUCGGCAGCAGUAGGGACUCCUGGUGACCAAUA